AUGACAAACAGGAGUAGGAAGACUCCUAUCAUCUUCUACGAGGACAGGAACUUUGGAGGCCGUUACUAUGAGUGCAUGAGUGACUGCGCUGACCUUCACUCCAUGUUUGACCACUGCCGCUCCAUCCGGGUGGAGAGCGGCAUGUUCAUGAUCUACGACCGCCCCGGCUUCACAGGAAACCAGUAUUUCAUGAGGAGGGGAGAGUACUCCGACUACAUGGGCAUGACCGGCAUGAAUGACUGUGUCAGGUCCUGUCGCAUGAUCCCUGUGCACACUGGCAGCUUCAGGAUAACGCUGUACGAGCAUUUCGACAUGGAAGGUGAGAUGAUAGCGCUAACAGGCGACUGCCCCAACCUCAUGGACCGUUUCCGAAUGUCCAAUUUCAACUCCUGCAACGUGAUGGACGGCCACUGGCUGCUGUACGAGCAGCCCCACUACAGGGGACGCCACUACUACCUGAGGCCCGGCCUGUACAGGAGUUUCAGCGACUGGAGCGCCAACAGCUCCAGGAUCAACUCCAUCAGGCGUCUCAUGGAUCUCUAA